AUGACGUGGACCAGAGGCCAUGUUCUUGGCCGGGGGUCCUCUGCCACCGUCUCCACCGCCACCUCCACCACCACCGGAGAGGUUUUUGCAGUCAAAUCCGUUGUUUUAUCACAGUCGGAGACUUUGCAAAGAGAACAAAAGUUUCUUUCCAUUUUGAGUAGUCCUUAUGUGGUAAACUACAAAGGGUACGACAUUACUAGAGAAGAAAACAAGAAAAUGUACAACUUACUAAUGGAGUACAUGCCAGGAGGUUUGGAGUACCUUCAUUCGAAUGGAGUAGUGCAUUGUGAUAUCAAGGGUGCGAAUUUGUUGGUUGAUGAAAAUGGAGUCAAAAUUGCGGACUUUGGUUGCGCGAAGUGGGCUAGUGAAGGUGUGGCAGUUUGUGGGACGCCGGUGUUCAUGGCACCUGAAGUGGCUCGAGGGGAAGAACAGGGGUUUGCAGCCGAUAUAUGGGCUGUUGGAUGUGUGGUGAUUGAAAUGGCCACAGGUGGUUUACCAUGGACGAAUGUUAGCGACCCUGUUUCAGUUCUUUACAAAAUUGGAUUUUCCGGUGAAUCGCCGGAGAUCCCAGGUGGUUUUUCAUAUCAAGCGAAGGAUUUUAUCAGCAAAUGUUUGAUACAGGAUUCGAAGGAGAGGUGGGGAGCGACGGAGCUUCUCAAACACCCGUUUCUCGAACAAUUAAAGCGUCACACAAAGGAAAUUACGGAUCGCGAUUUGCGAACAGGUUCACCAACCAGUAUACUUGAUCGAGACGUCUGGAAUUCAAUGGAGGAGCCGGCAUUAGUGGGUAGUGAUUUUAUCCGGCAAUCGUGUUCGUCGUGCUCUUUGCGGCAAAGGAUCGAACAGCUGGCGGGGAACUCAGAAAAGGUAAAGUGGACAUUGAAGGUGGAGGAGGAGAUUGAUUGGAUGACAAUCAGAAGCAACGAAAGUAGUGGGCGGUGGCGGCGAUGA